AUGGAGUCACCAGGAAAAACAAGUGAUGAAAAAAGUAAAAGUUGUGAUGCAGAUAGUGCCAAGAAAUCCUUGAAUGAAUAUGAUGCUAAUGUUCAAGACAUCAUUAAACUACAAGAGCAUGUAAUAGCAACGCAGCACAAAAUUAUUUCAAGUGGGAGUUUCUUAGGUGGGCUGUUGUCAUUGUCAGAAAAAAAUGCUAUUAAAUCUGAAGUAAAUCAAGCGAAGCAAAUAUUCAACCUCAAGAUACGAGAAAACAAGAGGAAAGACAUAAGCGAAGUGGUCAAUCCACUCCUUUUCCAGCAAUUGCUCGUAGAUAUUAAGAAUGCAUGCCCAACCAUAACUGCUGUUCUGGAACUACUUGUACUGACAAACAAUACGUCACAAAAUGUUUUAAAAACAGAAAAUGUGAAGAUGAAAGCCACAGUACAUCUUUUGGCGUCAAUGAUAGACAUCCGCGAUCAGCAUGGCAACAAUGACUUCCCAUUGCUAUUUGGGCUGCUAUGUCUUUGUUAUGGAGCAGGACCAUCUCUGAUACGAAUGCUGCAAUGCCUUGGUUUGUCCGAAUCAUUUCCCAUGUUGUAUGUUUGGAAAUUGGAGACUAAGUAUUCAUUAGUACUGCUUACGCUCAUAUUUUAGGCUAACUCAUACUCAAUGAGAACAGGUUCAAUCUGAGUUUCCCUUGAGUUGGCAAUGCCGUUUUUGCACAUACUAAGGUACAACAAUAACCCUCCAGCUAUUCAAAUAUAUCAAAGACACUCAAGAGAAGCUCAGAUUGAACAUCCACUCAUUGAUUGUGAGUGAGCUUUUAGUAAGCUUUUGUUUAAUGUACAAUUGCUUUGCAAAAUUAAGUAUUUAAAUGCACGUGCGUGGGAUAUCAGGUAAACAUGUAUACAUGUAGUAAGGGAUUUUGAGAUUUGCUUCAAUUUCCACACCCUUGGGGAAUUUAUUUUAUAACUGUCGUGUCCAUAUAUACCUAACAUGUAAUCUUUUUUUCUGACGGAUUUCUAUUCUGAAAACUCAGUUGGUGAGUUAUAAAGAAGUAAUUGGUCAGCGUUUAUCCAAUCAGUUACCAGUGAUAACAUAUCAGGAUAACAUGCAAAUUAGUCACACAUCAGUCAGGCAUUUAAGGUUGUCAAAGCUGCAAAAGGAGAAAAUCAAACAAGGAAAGAUGUGGGACUUUACUGUACGUGGGUGGCGAGAAGCAGACAUUACAAGAAUUGAACACCACUUUAAUGAAAAAGAAGCUGUAGAAGCACAGAAACCUGUAAAAAAAACUUCUAUUCAAGGAUACCAAGAUUGGUAAGUGUUUUCGUUUCCUAGGAAAAUUAGUGUACUGGGGACAGUCGUUCAAUAGCCAGUUAGCUUAUAAUCCUGGGUUAAUGUACAAUCCAAAGCAAACUUCCCAACAGUUUAUAAACCUGGAAGCAUUUUUUCAGAAAUGUUGUUUGUCUUGUCACAAGGUUAAUUUUAUCAAGUUUUGAAUUAAAUAGAAGUGCAGAUGCACCCAAACCAAAACAGCAGGUUAAAUUUUAAUGAAUCUGAAAUUACGAUUACGAUGGACUACGGAGUAUAGAAGUGCUUACUUACCGAAUUCGAUUCCCAAGUACGAUUCCCACGUGUUAUUUUCAAUAAAAGAUGCCAUAUAAAGUUUAAGAUCCCAUAUCAAAGCCAACAAACUCAUCUUAAUUGCUUUGUAAAAAUCGAAUCGUUUAAUCAAGUUUUUAUGCACAACAACAUGUUCACGUCAGGUUGAGACCGUCAUGCGCAUAGUUUGCCACUCAUUUCCAUAUAAUUUGAUUUCGACCGAUAAUUUCCAUUCGAAAAGCAUUCGAUAAAACACACGGUAUAUUACAGUUACAUUAACCUGUCAAUGUUUUUCUGUUAGAGAGCCAUGCAACUGAACAAGAAAUGGACCUCAUGCCAAGAGCGAAAUUUGUUGCGUAAAAUGGAUUUAGCUUUAAACGUCUAUCCUGAAACGGUGGAGCAAAUCCAAUCCUCAUCCAGUGAUCAUCUACGAGAAAUGUCUGAUUCUGCUGAGUCGAAGGUGAAUCAACGAGUUGAUGCUAAGCAAUUUAAAAUCAACAUCCCACAGAUUGAAGAAGACUUCCCUGAUCUUGCUACGAAGAAGACAAAGAUAUUUCCUCUUCCAAUAUCGCACGAAAAUCAGCACACGAAAAUCAGCGCACGAAAAUCAGCGCACGACAGUUGGUGUUGCGAGCAAUUUGGACCUGUUUGCGGAGGAACCUAACACUUAGCACACUUUGAGGUUGGUCUAAAUUAAAGCGAUCUCAAACCAAUCUGAGGACGUUUCAUUAAGGCGACAGACAAUUUACUCGAGCCAUAUCAAAAAGGUGUAUUCUGCCUAACAUACUGUAUGCUGAACAAUACAUAUCAAUGUUUGAGCAUGCAUAAAACUACAUAAUUUCAUAAAUACUAAUCUUGCCAUGACCAUUGGGUGAAAUAUAUAGAUACUAAAAGGCUGGGUGUUGAGUCAUUGACAUGUCAAACUUAUUGACGUGAUAAUUUUGCGAGUUUUUUUAAAAAAUUGUGGCAUAUAGUGUACCAGAACCAAUCUCAAAGGGCGAAGAUUGGCUACCUUGACAAAAUUAAAUUAUACAGGUAAAUGCCCUCCGAUAGAUGGUGAGGAAUGGAUUAAGAAGAUGUUACACGGAACAGUUCUCAACGACAAUUCUAAAAUAGAGCCUGAUCGCAGGUUACAACAAUUCGGGAAUGUCGAACCAAUAAAAUUUCGAAUGACUGCCAUUUGCAUUGCGAGUUGUUGUUGCAAAUUGUUCCUCGUAUUAUCACAAAGGAUUUUGAUGAGUAAUUACGUCAAAUGUAAAAUAUGUAAAAUAGGCAUUAAGGAUGUAAACAAAGAACUAGAUAAACGUUUCAAUUCUGUGUUUGGGAUACUGAGAGAUAUUGCAUCAGUAAGUACCAGCGACAUGUAUUUAACUGAAAGAAUUAAUUUGCUGAAAGCAACAUGGUUUCCAGCACGAGAUCAAUACGAAAGAAGCGUGCUUCAUGUGGUGUCAAUUUCAGACAAAAGCACAGGAUAUGGAAACUAGUAGCACUAGCAAGCCCUCAAAUGUUGCAAGAAAAUUAAACAUCAACGUUGGUGACCAAAAAAACACUUUACUUGUACAAGGCUGUGCAAACCGAUGCCCAGAUGUGUAUAUGGAUGCCACACACCUAAAUAAAUGUCCGCCCGACUAG